AUGACACCAGGCCCCGCCCGGGCCUCCUCCGUCGCCAUGGCAACACCAGGCCGGGCAGGCGACGCCAUCUUAAGACCGGGCACAGCGGCCUCGUCUCCUCCCCCUUUCCAGCCCCCUCGCUUCCGGUCACCUGCCAAUCAUUCGGGCGGCGCGCCAGCGACUUCCGACGAGGUGGCCAAUCGUGGCGGCGGCUGCGGGGAGCCACGUGACGCGGAAGCGGAAGUAGGAGACGUGGAGAUGGAGCCGGACGGGGCGACACGGCACCCCCCCAAACGCCGGUUACCGGCCACGGCGCCUCGUAUGGCGGAUCCACACCCUCUCUUCGGUGAUACCAGCGCGGCGGGGGGCGGCGGGGCCCAACCGGGCCGGGGUUACGGGGCUCCCCCGGCCGCCGCCGCCGCCUCCCGGGACCCACCGGCCGCGGCCUUCCUGGGCGAGCCGGUGUCCAGCCUGGCCAUGGCCUACGGGAGCAGCUUGGCCAGCCAGGGCCGCGACAUCAUGGACCGUAACGUGAGUGGGGGGGGGACGCGACACGGGGGGGCUCCGUGGCCGGUUACCGGGACCCCUCACGGCCCUUUAACUCUCCGCCGCCUGUUGCUCGACCGGUUCAUCCCCGUGGGGCGGCUGAAGUAUUAUUUCGCCGUGGACACCGCGUACGUGGGGAGGAAACUGGGGCUUCUCAUCUUUCCUUUCGCGCAUCCGGACUGGCAGGUGCGGUACCAGCAGGACACCCCCGUCGCCCCCCGCUUCGACGUCAACGCCCCCGAUCUCUACAUCCCAACAAUGGCCUUCAUCACCUACAUCCUCGUCGCCUGCUUGGUGCUGGGCACCCAAAACAGGUUCUCCCCCGACAGCCUGGGCUUGCAGGCGAGCUCGGCGCUGGCCUGGCUCAUCGUGGAGGUUCUGGCCAUCCUCCUCAGCCUCUACCUCCUCGCCGUCAACACCAGCCUCACCACCAUCGACCUCAUCGCCUUCGUCGGCUACAAAUAUGUGGGGAUGAAUCUGGGCCUCAUCGCCGGGCUCGUUUUCGGCCGCAGCGCUUACUACGUGGUGCUGAGCUGGUGCUGCCUCAGCAUUUUCGUGUUUAUGGUAAAAAAUAGAGUGAAAAAGGGGGAAAAAAAGGGCGGGGGGGGCUGUGUGGUUUUUGGGGGGGGGGGCACGCCCCCACUUGGGAGCAGAGAGCCCGGAGCCCCGCGCCGGGGCGGGGUGUUGCGGGUAUUUGGGGUGUUGCGGGGGGGGGCGGGGGGCGUGUGUGUCACCCCCGGGGGACCCCCCCCCUCCCCAACCCCCCCCCGUUUGUGCCCCACAGACGCGGACGAGUGCUCCAACGGGACGCUGUGCGGGGCUCACGCCGCCUGCCGCAACCUGCCGGGCUCCUUCCAGUGCGUCUGCGACCCCGGCUACGAGAGCGCCCGCCACGGCCACGGCUGCGUGGAUGUGGACGAGUGCGAGACGCUGCGGGGCGUCUGCGGGGCCGAACGGUGCGAGAACGUGGAAGGCUCCUUCCUCUGCCUCUGCCCCGACACCCGCGACGAGUUCGACCCCGUGCCGGGGCGAUGCGUGACCCCCCCGGCCCCCCAAAGCCCGCCGCGGGCCCCCCCCGAAGGCGCCGCCUGCUUCAGCAGGGCUUGCGGGGUGCUGGCACCCAACGUCAGCCGGGAGCGCUGCUGCUGCAGCCUGGGCUGGGCGUGGGGCACCCACUGCCCCGCGCGGCCCUGCCCGACCCCCGGCACCGAGGCCCACCUCGCCAUCUGCCCGCACGGGCAGGGCCGCACCGCCGAGGGUCCCCAGGGCUCGCCGGCAGACGUGGACGAGUGCCAGCUCUUCGGGCCCCAGCUCUGCCGGGGGGGGGUUUGCCUCAACGCCGCCCCCGGCUUCAGCUGCUACUGCCCCAGCGGCUACUACUACGAGCAGGAGCACCUGCAGUGCGUGGAUGCUGCGCAGGCGGUGUGUUGGCAGGAGGUGGGGGUCGACCUGGUGUGCGGCAGACCCCGGCUGGACAGGCAGGUCACCUACACCGAGUGCUGCUGCCUGUACGGGCAGGCCUGGGGCAUGGACUGCGCCCUCUGCCCCGCCCGCCACUCAGGUGAUGGAGAACCCCCAUCCCCCCCGCAGCCUGCAUCGGGGGGGGGUCCCCCAAAACCACCUUCUCCUUUUACCCCCCCCCCCGAUGACUUCGAGUUCCUCUGCAACGUGCUGCGCCCCCCCAGCUACGGCCCCCCCCGCGCCCCCCCUUCCUACGAAUACGCCCCCGACUUCGCCCCCCCUUACGGCCUCCCUUACGGCCCCGACGUUUUCGGGGGGCCCCGCGUGCCCCCCCCGGCUCUCCGUUCCGACUACGACCCUUACGGUUUCGGGGGGCUGGCGGGGGGUUACGACCCCCGGGGGGACGCUCUCUACGCCCCCCCCCGCUAUGAAGGCGAGGAUUUCGAGGACCCCCGGCGCCCCCUCGCCCACCGACCCCGGGGACCCCGCUACGAGCCCCCCGACCCCCCCCCCGGCUCCCCCUGGUCCUACCAACCCCACGGGACGGGGGGGUUCAGCGAGGAGGAGGAGGAGGAGGAGGAGGAGGAGGAGGAGGAGGAGGAGGAGGAGGAGGAGGAUGCCGGUGAGUUUUCGGGGCGCGGGGGGGGGGUGAAGGGGGCGACCCCCCCGCCCUGA